GUUACCGACCUUGAUCAGUGGCUAGGCACAGCUCGAUGAACUUUCAACCGUUGCCAGUAAACUUUUCUUGCUCAGGUCUGUCACACGUCUGUGUACUUACUAUCAUCCUACAUGGAUGGAUGGGUGGACUAUCUCCACGUCUCCUUUUCUGGAGAACAUGUUCUUUUCCAUUCGCUUCGGCUGGACUCCUUUUGGACGUUUUGUUUGGGCAGCAUUCUUGUCGUUGUGAUAUGUCUAGUUGAAAGGUUUUUGACUGCGUUUUCCAACAAGAUUGCCCGACCACGAUGGGCAUCCCGCUCGCGGCUUACCUGUGCGGGCUGGGAUGCCGCGUUGUAUGGACUUGUGACCCUAUUUAGAGUACUGUACAUGCUCAUAAUCAUGUCGUACCAAGCAGGAAUAAUAACUGUUGCUGUCAUCUCCUUGUCAAUAGGCCAAUUCUUCGUCGAGUAUUAUCUCAAUUACGAGGGGAUGGUGAACUCGGAGAGACUCGUUAGCGAGCCGCUCUUGGGGCAUGCCGCAGAACCUCGUGGGACAGUUCGCACCAAGUCAAAGCCAACUGCCAUGUUCAUUCACCCAUAUGACUCAAAUUUGGCCCGGGCAGAUGCUGCAGCGUUCGAACUCGGCAUCGCAGGCGAUACCGAGUUGGUUAAGGGAAACAGACUUCUGGAUGAUGGAACCUGGGAGAGUGGUAAUGGUAGGACUGUUGCAAGAGAGUUGUUUGGAGGGAGCAGCCAUAGCUGAGAUGAGUGUCUGCCAUCGUGUCAAUGUGUGCAGCCUUCCACUUCGGAUGAUGUAUCUUUCAAUGUUAUAAUC